AUGGUUUCCUUAAAUGUGAGGAGGAGCCUUCUGAAGAGAAGGAUUAUGGACCUGAUCACAUCCAUGGCCAUCUUGCCCCUGCUCUUCGGCUGUGUGGGUGUUUUCAGCCUCUUUAAGCUGUUGCAGCAGAUGCGCAUGAAGGCCUACCUGCAGGAUGCUGUUGUGGUCAUCACAGGCGCCACCUCUGGGCUGGGCAAAGAAUGUGCCAAAGUCUUCCACGCUACAGGUGCUAAGCUGGUGCUCUGUGGCCGGAACAGGGAAGCCCUGGAAGAGCUCACCAGAGACCUUGCCACACCUCGUGCCACCAAGGUGCAGACAUACAAGCCCUAUAUGGUGACCUUCGACCUGGCUGACCCUGACUCUGUUGUUGGCGCGACAGCCCAGAUCCUGCAGUGCUUUGGCUAUGUAGACAUACUGGUCAACAAUGCUGGAAUCAGCUAUCGUGGCACCAUCACAGACACCACCAUGGAUGUGGACAAGAGAGUGAUGGAGACAAAUUACUUUGGCCCAGUUGCAUUAACAAAAGCACUUCUGCCCUCUAUGAUUGAGAGGAGACAAGGCCACAUCGUUGUGAUCAGCAGCAUCCAGGGCAAAAUCAGCAUUCCUUUCCGAUCGGCCUAUGCAGCGUCCAAGCAUGCAACCCAGGCAUUCUUUGACUGUCUGCGUGCUGAGAUGGAGGAGCAUGAGAUUGAAGUGACUGUCAUCAGCCCAGGCUAUAUCCACACCAACCUCUCCCUGAAUGCCAUCACUGCUGAUGGUUCCAGAUAUGGAGUUAUGGAUGAGACCACGGUCCAAGGUCGGAGCCCCACAGAGGUAGCCCAAGAUGUGCUCACUGCUGUGGGAAAGAAGAAAAAAGAUGUUAUCCUGGCUGACCUGCUGCCUUACUUGGCCAUUUACCUUCGAACUCUAGCUCCUGGGCUCUUCUUCAGCCUCAUGGCUGCUAGGGCCCGAAAGGAGCGGAAAUCCAAGGAUUCUUAG